AAAAACAAAUGUUUAGUUUGGAUUCAUUUUAAGGAAUUGAUUGUUAUGUGGGCUUUUACACUUUUUAUGUAAAAAAAAAAAAAAAAACUUAGAAAAAUGAGCUAAACUAACGUGUAAGGGAAUUCCAUUUAUGAAACUGAGUAAUUGGGUAUAGAAAGAUUAUUUUGGAUUUGUGUGUAUUGGGGUUUCAGCACAAGAUGUCUCUCCGAAUAAAGGCAGUGGUAGAUAAGUUUGUCCAAGAGUUGCAAGAAUCGUUGGAUGCUGAUAUUAAGGAUAGGAUCAUGAAGGAUAGAGAGAUGCAGAGUUACAUUGAAGAGCGUGAACGUGAGGUUUCGGAACGUGAGGCUGCUUGGAAGGCUGAUCUUUCUCGUCGUGAGGCUGAGAUUGCCCGACAAGAAGCAAGGCUGAAGAUGGAGAGAGACAAUCUGGAGAAAGAGAAAAGUGUGUUGAUGGGAACUGCGUCAAAUCAAGAUAACCAAGAUGGAGCUCUUGAAAUUACUGUAAGUGGUGAAAAAUACCGUUGCCUCAGAUUUGCCAAGGCAAAAAAAUAAGGCUUUGCUGCGGUGACAAAAAGGAAAUGUAUGAUCUUCACUUCUGCACCUCCCCUGGAAAAGGACUAGUGCUGCCGAGGAGCCCACACGAAAAGCCAAGCUCAAUUUAUGCACCUCUAGGAACAAUUAUUGAAAUCAAAACUGUUCAGUGGUGGUUUACAAUUCCUGUUGGGAUAGUGUUUUAUGACUUGAUUAAUUAUUUUAUUGAUUUUUUUCUGUGAUGAUGUUGAUGCUUUGCUUUGCUUAAAAUAAAAUUUUGGCUAUAUAAUUAAUUCUCAAAGGAUUGUACGCGAGAAGAUAUUGGUCUGAAGUAUCUAUUGAGAAAAAAUGACAAUCAGCCAAGAUAAUUUUGACAGCAGAUUUCAUGGUUUCUAAAAAGGAUUGCAGAGGAGAAAAAAAAAGACCCUAAUGCAUACUCUAUUUUGAUGGUGCGAAAGAAAUUUAGAGUACUAAAGAAAGGAAACGAAGGAAAUACAAAAGAAAAAAAAAGAGUGUGAAAAAUAAAA